AUGUUGCAACUCCUACGAUCAAACCCUCGUUUCUUGAUGGUCGUUGUUGCGUUCUCUUUAUUCACGGGCGUAUACGCCAGUCUAACGUCCAUCCCAGCUCAAUACUGGAUCACCAUCCUCCUGAUCUCCGAAUCCCUCACGACCCUCCUCACCAGCCCUCUAGCCGGCUACCUGACCGACCUCCACCCCCGGCGAGAAGUGCCCUUCCUCCUCUCCCUCGCCCUCAUGGUCCUCGCGAUCCUUCUCUUCUCUCCAUCCCUCUUCAUCGCCGGCCGGUGCAUCCAAGGAGCCGCAACGUCAGUCGUCAUGAUUUCUGGAUUCGCCAUGGUGUUAGAUGCGAUUCCGGAGGACGAAGUUGCUGUGACGCUGGGGUGGUUGAGCAUGGCGAGUACGGCGGGCUUUGCUUUGAGACCGGCGCUGGGUGGAGUACUGUAUCGAUUUGGUGGGUGGUGGGCUAUGUUUGGGACGUUGCUGGGGUUGUUGGGCGUUGACUUUGGGUUGAGAUGUGUUGUUGUUGAGCAUAGGCGUAUGCCAGGAGUGGAUGAGCCUGGAGAGGCCGUGGUCGGGAACGACAAGCUCGAGUUUAAGGCCGGAAGUGAGUUCCGUGUCAUAACCGAGAAGACCGAUGUCGAUGCCGAGGGGCAAUCCAGGGGCUCUGUUCCGAACGACGGGGAAGCAUUCGCCAUGCUCGUCUUACUGCACCAACCACGAAUGCUGUUCAUGCUCCUCGGAGUCGUCACCCUAGGCAUACUCCUAUCAGCGUUCGACGCGAUCCUCCCCAUCUUCGUCCGCGACCACUUCACCUGGUCCGCCCUCGGCAAGGCCUAA